GGCAAUUCCCCUCUAAGUUGAACCUUCUAAGACACUCUCUCUCCCUCACGCCUCUCUCUCUCUCUCUCUCUCCAAUAAAGUAAAGGAACAAGAAGGAAGGAAAAGAAGAAGUUGAAUUCUGAAUUUAGAAAGUUAGAAGAAAUUGUGUGAGGGCGUGAUCUAUCCUCAGCUGCUCUCUGUUGUAGUAGGUGUUGUUGUCGUCAGCUUUUCUUAAAUUCUUACUCUGAGAGGAAUUCACCAGUUCGAUUCGAUGUUCAGCUUUCUGUACUAGGAAAUUACUAAAAGUUCCGACCCAUCAUUUGAUCUUCUUCUGAUAAAAAAGGCAAGGUAAUAAAGUCUAUCUUUUAACGUAUAUUACUUCCUAUACUACAUAUGGGGGAGAGAGAGAGAGAGAGAGAGAGAGAGAGAGAGAGAGAGAGACAGAGUUUUGGUGACAAUCACUCUGCCACUGCCCAUUCAGCAAAUCUUUGGACAUGGGAUGCCUGGUAUCGACCCCAAAGGACUCUGGAGGAAACAGAAGGCGGCCAGCAAACAUUGGGGAAGUUUCUGUUUUUGUUCCUGGCUUACGGAUUCCUACACCUGUGGACUUCUCUCAGUCACUUGGUGAUCAAUUACCUAGAACUUUAGUUGAACGCCUUUCUGCUCUUAGAACCCGAAUAGUUGUAAUGGCAGGCCAAGAAGCUCCAACAAUUACAAGAACAAGGAGAAAAACUACUACUCAACACGGAGGUUCAACUUUGGCGGAUCUUCAGCAGGCUCUUCAAGAUUAUUUGCCUGUUCUUCUUGGAUUAGUUAAAGAUGGAAGCUUAUUACAACACAUGGUACAGUUUGCUUGGAUUAAUCAGGAGGAUGAUGCAGAGGAAACAGCAAUGUCUAAUGCUUGGUAUGAGGUUUUAUCAGUUCUGCACUUGAUGGCAGUGCUAUCAUUAUCACAAGCUAACUUGCUGCUUCUUCCAAGAACAUCUGCUGAUGGUUAUCAACCAAAAGUUUCAGAAGAGAGCAGGCGGGCUUCAAUUGACAUAUUAUUAAAGGCAGCUGGAUACCUUGAUUGUUCUGUCAAACAAGUACUCCCGCUGUUGCCUGUUGAACUCAGGAGAGAUCUACCAGUUGACCUAGCUGAAGGAGUUCUACGAGCACUUUGCCUUCAAGCAUUAGGGCAGGUUGUUGAUAUCCAACUUGGAUUAGCAAUUGAUAGUACCAAGGCCACGCUUGCAGUGAAGCGAAGAAUAGCGUGUGAGAUGGUAAAGUACUGGCAGCAGGCUCAAGAUAACAUAAUGAACCUUCCACUAUCAAAUGGUUGGGGAGAAAAGCAUCGGCUCUUUGUUAAGUGGAAAUACAUCGAAGCAAAGGCUGCAGCAUAUUAUUAUCACGGUUUGAUCCUUGAUGAGGGAAACACAGAGAAAUCCCAUGGGAUGGCUGUAGCUGCUUUGCAAGCGGCAGAUGAGUAUCUCAAAGAGAGUAAGAAGGCAUCUGAAGCUUUCAACACAGUUCCUCCUCUUUCACGAAAUCCCCCUCUUUGGGGAACCAUGAAGUAUCUCUCUGAGAAGAUUCCAAAGGAUACAUCAAGUAAGGUGCGAAUAAACCGGGAUCUGUAUUCCUAUGAGAAAAUCAUGGAGACAGCUCCUACAUUACCUGAUUUUGCUUUGGCCCUGAAACCCGAUGAUUAUCAACUUCCCCCAGUGCAUGUAUCUUGGAAUGAUGAGAACAUAAGUAGUAAGGGGCAAAACAGCUCAAACACGCUCAAGGGUGAUAGAACAUAAGCCAUUUAUGGUAGCGUUCUCCUGUCGUAUGUGCCUGCCGCCGUACAGGGAUGGGAUAAUUGCAAGCAAGGAAUUGGCGACUUGCGACAAUGAAAAUAAUUCUUCAGUUACUGUUGUACCAAAAAGGUCUACAUUGCUGUUUUUCUUUUUACAGAUAUCUUUUGGUCCUUUUUCCUUGAGAGGUUCUUGUCUCACAUGUAAAAGAGCUUUGUACAAGUCCCUGCUGUGUGUAAACUUACUAUUCCAGGAAAAGGAAUAAUUUUAUCCUUCCAAUUCUCAACUAAUGUGUGCUUUUUUCUUCUUCUUAUUUUUUUUUUUUUCCUUCUCAUUAAAUGGAAGCGAGCUCAAUUGUCCAUUUGUUUGAUAGAAAAGCGUUGCACAUGUCCUGUUGUGUAAAAUUGACUAUUUAAAUGAAGGCGUGAUAAUUUUCUUGGUCGGUA